AUGCCUUCCAACGUCCUUUGUUCUGGGUGCUGGACAGAGGGCGACAGUUGCGGGGCGACAUUCGUGUGCGCCAGCCUUCACCCGGAUGCGGAGGCCGCCCUGGAGGGCCAAGAGCAGACCCCGACGCAGACGCAGACGCAGCUGACGGUGUCGACAGCGAGUCGCGCCGGCGCCCACCUGCUAGCGGGCAGUCUGCGCGGCGUCGCCCGCCUCGUCUACGACACCGCCGUCGAUGUCAGCGUCUCCAGCGGCGACGAGCCCGGCGUCUACCGCAUCCUGGUGACGACUUUUGCUGAGGCCAGCGAGCAGCCCGCGGAUGUGGAGGAGACGGCGGCCGACGCGGACACGGCGGCGGAGCGCGAGGCGCCGUCGACGUGCGCGUCGGCGCUGCCGCUGCCGGUGCGCAGCUUCUGCCGCGCCUUCCCCUGGCACCUGGUGCUGGACGCCGAGAUGCGCCUCACGCAGCUGGGCUCCGGCUUCGCACGCCUGCUGGCGCCCCUCCGUCCGCUCGCCGACCCGCCGCCGCCGCUGGCGGACCUGUUCUCGGUGCGCCGGCCGCGCGGGCUGCCUCUGCGCUUCCGGGACCUGGCGGCGCGCGCCAACUCCACGUUCGUGCUGCAGCUGCUGGCACCCUGCGCGGCGCAGGGCUUGGAGCUGAAGGGCCAGAUGGUGCCGUGUCCAGAGUCGGGGUCGCUGCUGUUCGUGGGCUCGCCCGACCUGGACGGGCUCGAGGGCCUCACCAGCCACGGGCUCUUCAUCUCGGACAUCCCGCUACACGACGCCACGAGGGACGUCAUCCUGGUGGGCGAGCAGGCGCGAGCGCAGGACGGACUGCGGCGGCGCAUGGACAAGCUGAAGGGCCGCAUCGAGGAGGCGAACCGUGCAGUCGAUGCCGAGCGCCAGAAGAACGUCAGCCUGCUGCACCUCAUCUUCCCGCCGCACAUCGCGCGCCGCCUGUGGCUCGGUAAAACCAUCGAAGCGACGACGCACGACAAUGUGACGAUGUUGUUCAGCGACAUCGUCGGCUUCACGUCCAUCUGCUCCAACGCCACGCCCAUGAUGGUCAUCAGCAUGCUCGAGAGCCUGUACAGCCAGUUCGAUGUCUUCUGUGGCCAGCUGGAUGUUUAUAAGGUGGAGACUAUAGGAGACGCCUACUGCGUGGCCGGAGGUCUGCACAAGCAGUCUUCCACGCAUGCGCAGCAGAUCGCGUGGAUGGCGCUGCUCAUGAUCGAGACGUGCGCCGCGCACCGCACGCACGACGGCCAUCCCAUCAGGAUGCGCGUCGGCCUGCACACGGGCGCCGCGUUGGCCGGCGUGGUGGGGCGCGUGAUGCCCCGCUACUGCCUGUUCGGCCACCACGUGACCAUGGCCAACAAGUUCGAGUCGAGCAGCGAGCCGCUGCGGGUCAACGCCAGCCCCACCACCUACCAGUGGCUGUCGCAGACGGAGGGCUUCCAGUUCGAGGCGCGGCCGCGAGAGUGCCUUCCGCGGGGCUUCCCCGACGACGUGGAGGGCACGGCGCACUUCGUGCUGGGCUACUGCCACCCUUCGCUGCCCGCCGACCGGCCUCUGGUCGAGCACAUCGACACCGCCCAGCGGGAGCUGCUGGGUCACUGAAUACCGGCCACACUGCUCGUCCUCGUGUGGCGGCACUCGGGGACCCUUCCAGCAUCACAAGGAGCGCGCUUCUGUCUGGACAGUGGAACUACAGCGCUAAAGUGCAUCAGGGAACUGUAUCACAUUGAAUACGUUGAUAGAAAAAAAAGGAACACCGCCAAACGACAUGUAAACAGGGUGUAUCAUCA